UCCCCCAAAACCGUCAAAAGGAGGAGAAAAUCACACUUUGACGGAUACGAAAAAGGAAGGUGCUUUGCGAAAUAACACAGUGAAGUUAGCUCGAUAUAUUGAGAGAAAAUGCCAUGACAAUAUAUCGUGUUGAAAAGACAAUAGUGAUCCAUUUGGAAUAUUUUGUACAAUAAUGGAGGGAUAUUGGCUAAGAGUGGUUAUUAUCAACAUAAUUCUCAUUUUAUCAAUCAGAGAAAGGACACAAGCGGAAGAUCAAUUCUCCAUAAGCUGUCCUACGGACCGGAUAGUCUUAAUCUCCGUCGGCGAAACGAUGUCAUCGGUUUACUGGUCUGAGCCGCGUGUGACGGGCGGUAGCGGUCAGGUAACCGUCACGUCGUCCGUAUCUUCGGCGUCAUUAUUCGAGUUAGGAGACACGAUGGUCAUGUAUAGCGCCGUCGAUGAGAAUGGGAGCGAAGUCAAUUGUACAUUCGUUGUCACCGUCAAAGCUCCAACGAUAUAUGGUUGCCCCGAUCAAACGAUAGUCAAGGAUAACGAACCCGGCCUCGACGAUGCCGUGGUGACGUGGGUGGAACCUCGAAUCCAAGACGCUUCAUCAACCACUUCGUUGACGUCAGAUAUCGAGAGUGGUUCCCGUUUCGUCAUCGGAGAGACAACUGUGACGUAUACACUGACGGACAUCAGCACGAACGUCGAGACGUGCGAGUUCAUUGUGCAGGUUGUAGAUGUAGAACCUCCGACCUUCACAUCUUGUCCAGAUAACAUUACGUCAAGAGUACUAGCAGAAUCUGCUUGCAAUACCAGUUCUCCUCAAUGGACAGAACCAACCGCGACAGACAACGAUUGUACACCAACGAUUAGCACUUCUCACUCAACAGGCAGCGGCUUCGAUUGCGGUUUCACCGCGGUUAAUAUAACCGCCACGGACCGGUCCGGUCUUGUUGGCUAUUGCAUAUUUAACGUGAUCAUCCAAGUUGGUGCUUAUGAAAACUGCCCAAAUAACAUCACCGGGGUGAACUUGCCUGGAAUGUUCUCGGGCAUGGUAAACUGGACACGACCGACCAUCAUUGACCAAGAUCCUAGCUGGGAAGAGCUAGUCAGUCCCGAGCCUGACCAAGAAUUCUUCGUGGGUACGACCAAUGUGACGUACGUAUUGCACGAUAGAUCAGGCGCUGCCGAUAUCUGCUGGUUUACCGUCACCAUAAAGGAUAUUGAGGAUCCGAUUAUAGAAUGCCCAGCCGAUAUCGUAGUCUUCGCAUCAAGCAGGGAGGGGCGAGCCAACGUGAUCUGGCCAGACCCCUUCACAACAGAUAACGUUCACGUGAACGUCAGAUGGAGCAACUAUGAGAUAGGGGACGACUUCACCCUGGGCGAUACGGUGGUCAUCUACGGGGUCAACGAUACGGCUGGAAAUACAGGAUUCUGUAAUUUUACUGUUACCGUCCAAGAGUUCGUGCUGACUCUUUUUACCAAGAUUGAUGGACAUAUCCUCGUCGAAAAUGAUGACGUGAUCAUCAACGCUUCCAGCAUCGUCGAGUGUCUGGAUGCUUGUAUAGAUGAAGAAACGUUCAAAUGUCGAUCAGCUGAAUAUACGUUGUCGGGAGAGUGUCGUCUAAGCGCGAACAUCGCACGAACCUUCGACGACCUUGAACAUCAAGAUGACGUAACCUAUUACGAAAAAGUUGGAGAUAAUACACCGCCAACAUUCUGGCUCUGUCCUGACGACGUGAGUCGACCAGCGGAUGAAGGCUACCCUUUCACACUCAUCUCUUGGUUUCGACCUCUAGCAAAUGACGACAGAGGGGGACCUAUCACGAUGACAUCAUCACAUCAACCAGGAGAUGUCUUCUACAUUGGUUCGACUGAGGUUGUAUACAUUGCCCAAGACGAGUCCUUAAAUCGGGCAACGUGUUCCUUCAUCGUAACUAUCACAGACGAUCAAAUACCGACAAUCCACGGCUGUCCUGGUCAGACAUAUGGCUAUCUACAUUCUCCAGACGAGCGAUCGACCGAUGUUUCUUGGUUGGUACCACAAGCACUCGACAACUCUGGCAAUGUGAACUUGACCGUUUCCCACCAACCUGGCGCCAUCUUUGAAAGAGGCGAUACGACUGUCGUGUACACGGCGGUUGAUCCUUCCAGCAAUGAAGAGACUUGCUCGUUCACAGUCACAGUCUUUUUGAUACCAGAGAGAAAUAGAAUUGCAAUGGAGAUUGAAAUACCUAACCUUGUGUACUCAGAUGCCUUGGCAGAUAUAAAUUCUGAACACUAUGAAAUGGUGGACAAAGCCCUGCAAAUCCAGAUUCAAGAAGCCUAUGGCCAGGAUCCUAAUCUAUUAGACUCUGUUAUCACUAACAUUACAAUGUCUGAAGAUGGAGGUGUAGUAAUCCAACUCAGUCUUGGUUUCAUAAGGCCAACAUCAUCUGAUUCCAAACGAGAUGAGACCGAGAUUUUCUUCACAUCACUCAGGGAUGAAGGUUUCAUCGGUGCUGAUGUUAAGGAGAUCAGGCUCAUUAAUCAUGAUGAUAGUUCAACCAUUGUGGAUGAAUGUUACUUCCUACCCUGCCCAACUGGCAUGAACUGCACUGUUGAGAACAAGAUAUGUGUCUCCUAUUGUCCAGAUAACCCAACCUAUUGCCUUCAUGACAGUUACUGUGUCAAACCUAAUGGAAACAACAUAGUGGCUUGUCUAUGCUCUGAAUUCAUCUACUACGGCACAAGAUGUGAAUUAGAAGACCAAGUUAAUGAGCCUAAAACCCUGGCAAUUGUGGUAGGAGUUGUCUGGGUCGUUAUUUUGCUUCUACUCCUUAUACUGUGCUUCCCAGUCUACAUACGCAGAUGCAAACAAAAGAAACGUCAACAUCAUGGGAGUGACUCAGAGCUUGUCGAGCCUGAUGCCUACUACGAAAGUGAUGGCGACGAUGACGAUGAUGGUGGAAAGACAAAUCCAGCUUUUAUCAACGAUGAAGGAGUUGAAGUAGAGGAGGAGGAAGAGGAGGAGAAAGGUACCGAUUGGCUAGGGAUGAUAGCAGCCUUGAAGGCCAGGGCUCAGGGGGAUGGAAAAUCUGAUGGAACAAAUGAAACGAUUAAUAUGACGACAGUAACCGAUCCAAUGAUAAAAAAGGAAGAUCAAGCAAUAAAACAGAAAGAGAUGUCAUCAAAUUUACUUAACAUUGAAGUAGAGACAAACAUGGGACAUAUUUCAAAUGACAAUUCACUGCUAGCCCAAGAUGAGCCUGAUCAAUGCAGCACUGUUCCUGAUGUUUUCUUUGCUGAACCAUCCAGUGGCAGCAGCGAACAGCGAUCAGUUGCAGCCACCGUGCAUAGAAACGGAGAUGGGAACUUUACAAUGCGAUCAUCACUUGGCAACAUUCAAGAGAUAGAAGAAAGUGAAGGAGGUUUGGAGACCAGAACACACAAAAGGAAUUCACUUUCAAAUGUUUCAGAUAACAUUGACGGUAUCUACUGAUACAGAUUAAACCAAAAACCAAGGCCCAAAUUCACAAAUGUGGCUUUGAAUUAUUAGAAAGGUUAGAGCACUAUUUAUUUCAAUUAAUUUACAAACACAGUGGGCUUAUUAAAGGCAUGUGACAUUUGCUCCUGAGUUAUAUGCUCCUCUGAAAAUAAAAAAUGAGGUUAAGGACUAUGGAAGGGUUUUUGGUUAAAAUGAUGCAAGUACAUGUAUUAGGAAUAAAGUUAGGGUAAGCUUCGAAGUUCAGGCUUAUCCUUGGCUAAAUAUGUGAAUUUUCGGUAGGAGCAAUUGUCACAAAGCCACAUGUCAUGGAACCUUUGUAAAAUGUGUGAAUUUGGUGCCCUAUGUGAGAAAAUGGUGCAUUCUUUAUUGGACUCCUCUGUACAUGUACAUGCCUUGAAAUGAGCAGAUAUAAAAUCGGCCUAAACCAUAGUUAUAGACCAUUUAUUCAAAACCACCUUUGUGAAUUCGGGCCAAACACCAUACUAAAUCUACCUCUUUAUGUUGAGGGGGUGUUCUUGAAAGAGUUGGAAUCAACACAAUUAAAAAUUAAACUCAACUUCAUUUUCAAGCAGUCGGUGUAAACACAACCUUUUCUGCAACUGCAAGGUGACUAGGCUAUAACAAAUCUGCAUGUCAUGAAGCAACUUGUCAUUGAUUUUCACCAAAAUCCUGGUUGGGGUGGUGGUGGUGAUUUUUACCUGAAUACUUUUGAGCAAGCAACCAGAGGACCAAAGGCUUAAGGUCCUCUCUGAAGGACUGGGAAAUGAGGAUAAAUGUCUUACCAAAAGGUACCAGCACACCAAGGGGGAAUUGAACCUGGGACAUCAGAAUUCAAAACCUUUGCAAUACCGACUGAGUCACCACACCUUGCAUCUGAUUAGCAGGGAUCAAAUU